AUGCACUAGACCCAAAAUGGACGCCGUACGAUGAGGCCGGCGGCAUAAAAACCCUAGCCCUCGGUCGCGCCGCGGCAUGGCCACCGCCACGACCUACACGCUCCGCCUCACCCCGCCCCCGCCGCCACCGCGGCACCACGCUCCUCUCCUUCCGCAGCUCCGCCGCCGCGCGGCCGCGAAGGUGUCUGCUAGCUGGGUCCCAGCCGGCGGCGGCAACUCGGACGACGGGCUUGGCGGCUGGUGGCUCCCCGAGCAGCCGGCGGAAAAGGGGAGGGCAGGGUUCGGGAAAGCUAUUGUGGUCGGGUUGGGUGCUUCGGCAGCGAUCGCUUUGGCUGGGAUCACUUGGCGCUCUCCAUCCUCGAGGAAGUGUUUACAGCAACUUAUCGGUGCCCCAUUGCAUUAUGUUCAAGAGAAGCUUUCAGUGGCGGACUCCACAGAAAUUCCUGAAGAUGAUGCAAGCGUCAGAGAGCUGGGUACAAUUGAUGUUUCGAGGGUGAAUGUUGAUGAGAGGAAUGCCACAUCACCUGAUGAUUCAAGCCAAAACCACAUACCAGCUGGUGGUGUCCGUAUUUCUUUUACAGUCCCUGUAGAUCCCAUGCAUGAGGAAGCUUUGUCCAUACUGAAGAAGCUACAGAUAAUUGAGAAUGAUGCUAGCCCUGGUGACUUUUGUACUAGGAGGGAAUUUGCAAGAUGGUUUGUUAAAUUAUGCUCAAAAUUAGAGAGAAAAAGGAUGCACAGGAUUAUACCGAAUCUAAUAACUUCUGGUUCAGUCGGAAGUGCGUUCGAUGAUGUAAAUUUUGAUGACCCGGAUUUCUUGUAUAUUCAGUCUUUAGGAGAAUCUGGCAUUGUGCCUAGCAAGCUAUCAAGCUUCUUUGGAACAUCGGCAAAUGGCUCUCAAAGUGCCAACAGAAAUUCCCACUUCCUACCUGAAAGUUAUCUGUCACGUUUUGAUCUUGUUAACUGGAAACUACUAGUGGAGUAUCCAUUUGCAUCAGAAUUAGACCAAAAGAUGCUGAGUAAAAAUGUUCAUACGUUGGAUUUGAGCGCUUGGCCAGAUGUAACAGCGUCCGUAUUUAUGGACUUGUUUGGCGGUGACCACAGCAUCGUCAGCAAAGUUUUUGGAAACACCAGGCGCCUUCAACAUCAUAAGCCUGUAACAAAAGCGCAAGCGGCUGCUGCACUGACCAGUGGUAGAAUGGAAGAAGUAGUACCCGAUGAACUAAAUAGACUUGAAGUAGAAAAUCAGUCCCGGCUUUCUGCUGUGGGUGAAAUGAUGGAAGAGUUAAUUAAUAGAGGGGAUAUAAAACAAUAUUGGGAAGACAAGAUGAAAAAGGAGCAAGACCGUGGGUUUGAAGUUGAGAAGCAUCUUCAAGAUGUUCUGCACGAGCUUGCAAAUGAGAGGAUGGAUCAAGAAAAGGAAAUUGCAGACUUGCUAAAAGAAAAAUCAGCUUUAGAGCGUCAGAAUCAGGAACUCGUAUGUUUAAGGUCAGAAGUUGACGGCAUGUAUGAUAGACUAGCCACUCAGAGUCUAGAGAUCAUGGCUGAUGAAGAAAAUCUGGAAAAGUUGUCCUCUGAUAUGAGCAGCAAGCACCAAGCUGUCACAGAAGCUAAAUCAUAUCUUGAAGCUGAGAAGGAAGCUCUUACUAUGCUAAGGUCCUGGGUGGAGCAGGAAGCAGCGCGCGUGCAUGAACGUGCUGAGGUACUCGAGAGGGCUGUGAGAAGAUGGCGAGUCCCAGCUGAUUGAGCCUGCACACAAAAAUCUGCCAUUUUAUUUGGUGCAAGUCCCAACUUCCUGUAAAAAAAAAGUAUGUUCAUGUCGCCAUCGCUUCGACUGUGUCAGUUACAAGUGCAUGCCUCGCCAGAAUGGAAUGUCAGUAUCUGCUAGGCCCAUCUUUCCUUUGAUGUUUAUUAGCGACUUGCUUAUGGCUGUCUCAUGGGCAAUGCCAGUUUUUUGUUGUUCCAAUUCUAAUGGUCUUGGAGGCUGCGACUCUAGAGAAAUUUUGGGGGCUCCAUUUUGCGA